UUCGAGUCCUCUUUCUCCUCUUCUCUUCUCUCUUCUUGUUUACAAGACCGGGGGCUUGGAUUGGAUUUGCGGAGUCUAUGUUUGUUUGUAUCUUGCGCUAGAUCUUGGGCGUAUUAAAGAGGGAGGACAGGUGAUCGAGGUGCUGUGGGAACUUGGGAGGGUUUAUUAUCUGUCUAGUUGCUCCAAACAGAAGCGAAGGGAGAGAAGGUGGCGCUGUUACGAGGGUCCGACGCGUCGAGGUAGUGGUGGAUUCCCUGACCGCUCUCGGCGGCGGCGUUUGGAGGAGAGAAAGCAGGCGCGAAGUACUUUGGUUUCGCUGGAUUUGGUGGGAUCAUGUCGCAGAACAACUGGGAAGCUGAUAAGAUGCUGGAUGUGUAUAUUUAUGAUUAUUUCGUGAAGAGGAAUUUGCAUGCGUCUGCGAAGGCAUUUCAAGCGGAGGCCAAGGUAUCUUCAGAUCCUGUUGCAAUUGAUGCUCCAGGUGGAUUUCUCUUUGAAUGGUGGUCGGUCUUUUGGGAUAUUUUUAUUGCAAGAACGAAUGAAAAGCACUCUGAUGUUGCUGCAUCAUACAUAGAGACUCAACUAAUUAAAGCUCGAGAACAGCAGCAACAGCCACAGCAGCAGCAGCCGCCGCCGCCGCAGCCUCAGCCUCAGCCUCAGCUGCAUCAGCAGCAGCAGCAGCAGCAGCAGCAACAGAUUCAAAUGCAACAACUUAUGUUACAGAGGCAUCAGCAGCAACAGCAGCAGCAUCAACAACAGCAACAGCAUCAACAACAACAACAACAUCAACAACAGCGUAGAGAUGGAGCCCAUCUUCUAAAUGGUACGCCUAAUGGGCUAGUUGCGGGGGAACCUUUAAUGCGACAGAACCCUGCAACUGCAAAUGCCUUGGCAACAAAGAUGUAUGAGGAGCGAUUGAAGUUGCCCCCUCAAAGGGAUUCUUUGGAUGAGUCAUCUAUCAAGCAGAGAUUUGGUGAUAAUGUUGGCCAGCUGUUGGAUCCAAACCAUGCUACCAUGCUAAAGUCAGCUGCAAGUUCGGGCCCGCCAUCAGGGCAAGUUUUGCAUGGCUCGGCUAGUGGUGUUGCAGGCCCUUUUCAACAAGUUCAGGGUAGGAACCCACAACUUCCGGGAUCAACACAGGACAUCAAGACUGAAAUGGGUCAGGUGUUGACUCCCAGAGGUGCAGGUUCUGAUGGAUCGUUAAUUGGAGUGCCAG